AUGACAGUUCUACACGGGGCCGCCUGUGCCGGGUUCUGUUUUGGCCCGAUAGCGGCCAUUUAUAAAGCUACAAACCUAUCGGACCAAACGGGCACGAAGAAGCUGCUGGCCCUCGCCACCGCCUUUUACUUUGUUAAUCUUUUCGGAAAGAGUUUGAUUGUCGCCACCCUUCUCCCCUCGACGUGCGAGAGCUCAUUCCUCUGCAGCGCCAUAAUAGACCUUGUGACUGUUGUGAUGGAGCUGACAAGCAUAAAAUAUAUUCUCAACAGCAAGAAAGCUUUGGCUUACUCCUCUGAGACCCGUCUGCUGUGCAUCGGCUUGGGCUGGGCUUUGGGACAAGUCCUGUGCAGUAACGGACACCUCCUCUUGAGAGCCAUCGGAGGUAACUCGUUUCAUUGGGAAGGCGUCUACCAGGCAAUGCAGUCGAGUCUUUCGCCAAUAUCUUAUCUGUCUAUCACUGCUCUGAUGUUUCUGUCCACCCGCCGCCACUUGCCUAUGACUUCUCGUGCGGGUUUGGUUUUCUUGGCGUCGCUCCUCGCCCCCUGGACCCUCGUGCAGCGGCACGGACUUGGCCUGUAUAAUCCACCACAGAGAUUUCUGGCGGAAGAUAUAACGCCAGCUUGCUGGCUUUCUUUAGUCCUGCAUGCGGCAGUCUCAAUUUCGGUUGGCAUCACCACCUACCUUACGCUGAGGGCUGGGCACGGCAAGAGCAGACCGACAUCAACAGCACAAAAAACGGACUGA